UUACGUGGACAUUCUCUUCUCUGGCUCACAUUUCCAGUGGUUGGAAGGUGCAGCUUCCAUGGUGGCGAUGGGCCGGCGUGGGUUGCAGAGCCCUCGGGCUGGCUCUGUGGCGCUUAAGAAGGUGUUCUUCAUGGGACAAGGAGGGCUAUUAGAGAGAAGAAAACACGCUUGGAUAUUCAGGACCACCCCAAAUACUUUGACAGCUUUGAGGCUUCAGCCUUUUGACAACGCCAGGAGUGUUUGCUUAGGCUUUCUGAGCUCAGCUGUGCCCCACCCUGCUGAGUUUCCCUGCUGGUCAACAACAGCUCCUCCGCGCCUUGCUUGUGGAGCUGGCUGGACAAAACUGGCUGGAUUUUAUGGCUCCCUGGCGUGGAGUCUGCAGAACGUCAAGGGGGCGUCUGAGAAGGGCCUUUGUUAGGUUGCUGUUGGCUAAAAGCAUAUUGCCCAUUGCUGUGGGUUUUGAGCAGAUCUGCAGAAGGCAUUGGGCCCACUCUCGCCCGGAAGGAAGGGUGGUGAAAGGGCUCAUUUCUUGCCUUCCCUGAAUCCCCUGGCAGAGGCCCUGUCACGUAGGCAAAAUGGAAAAGGGCAUGCAUAGAGGAUGGAGAAGGUGACCUUGUGGCUGACCAUGGAGAGUCUGAGGAUGUUUUUGUUUUGUAUUUUUAUUAUUUCAUUUAUAUCCCACCUUUCCUCCAAGGAUCUCCAGAUGGCAACAACGUGGCACCCGAUACUCCCAAGAUGCUGAAGGUGGCGGAGCAGUGCCUGGAAAGAGCCAAGAGCAGCAUUGCCAAAAUUGGAAAAGCCAAGGUGAAGCUGGCGGUGGGGGAGAGGGCUUUGGGCCCUGCUCCUGUCUCCCGGCACCGCAGGGUCUUCUCGGAUGAAGGUGGGAAGCUCUCGCCUUUCUUGCCUCCUGAGAUGUUCCAGAAGCUGCAAAUUACAGAAAUGCAGAGCACGAAAAAGGAACUCACGCCGCUGGAGGAGGCCUCGCGGCAGAACCAGAAGCUGAAGGCCACCUAUGAGGCGCGCCUGGCCCGGCUCAACCCCAGCCAGGCCCUGCAAAAGACGUCGCUGACCCUUUCCCUUCAGCGCCAGAUGAUGGAAAACUUGGUGAUUGCCAAAGCGCGGGAAGAGACACUCCAGAGGAAGAUGGAAGAGCGCCGGCUCCGGCUGCAGGAAGCUGCCAACAGGAGGUUUUCCAGCAAUGCCGUGUUGACCCCGGAAGAGCAGGAGCAGCGGGCCAUUUAUGCCGCCGUCCUGGAGUACGAGCAGGACCAUGAAUGGCCGAGGUUGUGGAAGGCCCAGCUGAAAAAGAGCCCCAAUGAUCUGUCACUGGUGCCCAAGCUCAUCUCUCACCUCCUCAGCUUUGCAGAUCACCCCAUCUGCCAGUUGCUGCGGAAGUUGCAGUGCUCAGCUUACAGCCGCCUCUAUCCGCUCGUGAGCUGGAGUACAGUAGAGGCCAGAGCCACCGUGAAGAUCGCCCGCGGCCUGUCCCUUUCCUCCUCGCUGGAUGCAGAGGUGUUUCUGGCACCAGCCCCCGAGGGCCGGAGGCUGCGGUCCUCCCAGAGCUUGCACUCCCUGUUCUCCGUCCAGGAAAACAACCAGCUGAACCUGUGCCACAGCACCUCCAGUACCCCGCUCAUUGAGGACCCGAGCCUGAGCUGCCUGCUCCAGAGCCCUCCUGGUGGAGAGCCUGCGCCUUUGCUGGCGGAGAAGGAGAGCUCCUUCGAAGACCUAGAGCGGUUCUUAUCUGCCACUGACUCCUGGCCUUCGGGGCCCCUGCGAGAGCCCCAGGGCCCGGCAGCUGGGAGGAAGCCAACCCAGCGAGAGCAGCUGAAGGCAAUCGUGAAGGACAUUCACAACUCCAUCGACAGGCUUCUCUCCCUGACUCUGCUGGCCUUUGAGGGCCUCAACACGGCAGCCUCCAAGGACCAGUGCGUGGCGCGCUUGGAGGAGGUGUUCUUUGCUCCGCUCUGGGGGCCCCUCCUGGCCGUGUACAGGAAUGUCUACAAACUCCGGGAAAUGGCCCUUUCCAGGAUCAUGGAGCUCCACAGAAAUAUGUCCCCCUCCGAAAUAGGGAUCUCUUCCAAGUUGCUCCCCCAGGGCAACCCCGACCGCGGGGCCGCAACCUACCCGUACUGUGCCGCUGUACAGGAACUGAUGCUGAUUCGUCUGGGCAGCUGCCCUCAGAAGAAGCUGGAUUGCAUCGUGCGGACAUUGCGUGUCAUCUGUGAAUGUGCUGAGGAAUACUGCGGGGGCAGCGAGGGCAGGACCCAGCCAGCGUCGGCCGCCAUCGGUGCUGACGAUCUCCUUCCCAUCCUUUCCUAUGUGGUCCUCAAGAGCAACCUGCCCCAGCUGGUCUCGGAGUGUGCUGCGCUGGAGGAGUUCAUCCACGAAGGGUAUCUGAUUGGCAAGGAGGGAUACUGCCUGACCUCUCUGCAGAGCGCCCUCUCCUACGUGGAAUCCCUGCACAGGCCCAUCUUGCGGAAGUAGCUGAGCUCCACGCUGGGAGGCCAAGGCGGCUGGCUCCCUCUCUCUUUGUCUCAUGCACGUGGGGUCACUCCCACCCUCCCUCCUCCACUGCAAGAUUAGCAGCUUGCAGUGUCCUCUUUUCCCUGCCUGCAGAAUACAAAUCUGCUGCCUAUAAGGCCUCACCCUCCUCACUGGACUCUGUGCAAUAUUGGAAGGGAUGGCUUACAGCCUUUGCAUUAGCCGGAAAUGUUGGAGUGUCCCUGCCCUGCGGUUCAGACAGGAUUAGGGAGGGGGCACCAUGAAGGGAUGCUUCUUCAGAGCCUAGAAUUGCUGCUGGCCGGGAGGGACCCCAGCGCUUCGCCUCUUUCACUUGGCUAAGGAGGAUCCAUCCCCUCUCUCUGCCAUCACUAAGGACACCAGCCUCUCUGGCCUGUUCUACACCUGGGUUCCUUCUCGCAUUCGCAAGAGCAGCUACACCCCCGUGUCUCCUCUCCUGCAGCCUGCACGCUGCCUCUUAGGUUGUGGCUUUUGCUACGUGCAUGUCCUGCAGCAUGGAAUUGUCCCAGGGCCACAGUGACAGCUGCCAAUCUUUUUGGUGUGGUUUUUUGAACCAACCUGUGGCAAGGGCUCUGCUGGGCUUCUGUACUGUGAGUUGAGGUAGUCUGGGGGUCUGUGUGUGAGUGCAAGGAAGUGAUGUAGGGAUGUUAGGCGACAGAGGAUGAGACUGGCUCUCGUCCACUCCCACCCACUAAAAACAUGUGAUCGGUGUGGUUUGCUUGUUUAAAAGCAUUUCUGUGUCGCUUAAUAUUUCAAAAAUCUCUCAAGCGCUUUUAGAGGCUGUUUGCACCUUCUCCCCACCGGGUGAAUGGAACGAAGAGAGGGAGACGUGUGUGCACGUUUCCAUUUCCUUUUCGGAGGCGAGGUUGGAGCCAGGGGCAAAGCCAAGCCCUGGGAGCAAGCAGUUUUGGCCUCUGGAUGGAUUUGCACAAACUGCUGUGGAGCUGCGGUUGAGCCAUGUGAUGGCAAGACUCCAUUGUUGUGCAUUUUCUAGACAAGUCAUGCGGGACUUUUGGGAAGAGAGGACCUGCGAUACCUCACAGAGACAAAUGGCACUACAACACCACCACCCCCCGCCACACACCGUGCUGGACAGGACAGGUCUGAAGGGGAUCCUACUCCUCAGUUUAAAAAAAUAUUUAUUAUUACAUUUAAUUUGUACUCCUUUUUUCUCCAAGGGGCACAAGGUGACGUACAUGCUUCCCUCUUUCUCCAUUUUUCACAACAACCCUGUAAGGUAGAUUAGGCUGAGGGUGUGGGACUGGGCUGAGGUCACCCAGUGGGCUUCAAGAGUGACGCUAGGGCAUGGGCUGUAGUUCAGGGGUAGAGCACCUGCAGGCUGAAUCCCCAGGUGCACCUCCAGGGUAGGGCUGGGAGAGACCCCUGCCUGAAACCCUGGAGAGCUGCUGCCAGUUGGUGUAGACGAUACUGAGCAAGAUGGACAAAUGGUCUGACAUGGUAUAAGGUGUCCUAUGUUUCUGUGUUCCUAACCCCUCUACUGUAGGGGCUUCCUGGCUCUUACUAACGACAGGGAGCUGUGGAAUUGUGGAAAACAGGCCCAGCUGCUGCUCUUGGUGUGCAGUGCUGCCUUCUCAUGCAGGGUGAUGAAGCCCCCUCCAGAGUCCCUGCCUGACCAGCCAUGACUCCUGGAGCCUAACUAGUUGGCUCUUCUCCUUACCAGUUGUCCAGCUUUGAUCUUGGGGCUGUUCUGUAAUAAACACACUGUCUUCUGCCUGCUCAGCAAGUUGUGGUUUUUGGAAAGUGGGGAGGAAGGAGCAUUAAGGGUUGUGGGGACACUUUCAUGAGUCCUUCUCCCCCCCCCUUCUAGGAUGGCAUU